AUGUCAAGUCAACCCGCUCCAGCAUCCAAGGGAGCCCAACAAGGAUACGCAAGCGAUGCCUCCGAAGGACGUCUAGAAUUACGACUCCUGUCAAGCGAAGUGGAAUGUUCCUCUAAAGCUACCUCCGAGGCUAAUUCAACUAUCACCAAGGCAAAAUCCCAAAAGAAGUCGAGAUCCAAUAAAAAAUCUGGGGAGCCAACUCUGAUCAACGCCGAUGGCAAGUCAUCAAUUGAAAUCAUUGACUACGCUCAAAAUUCAGACGAGGAUAAUGCAAAGGUCCAUAAUCCGGCUAAAAAGAAAAAUAACAAAUUCGAUGAAAUUAUGCUUUUCUUCAAGGCACUGGUUUACAUUCAGACAGAUGACCAUAAUCAACCUCCAGUCAACUUUGAAUGUAAAUGGUGCCGAAAGGUUGUCCGUGGUUCCGUGACGGGUGGUACUGGUAACCUCCGAGUGCACCGCGAUGGAUCUCGUCAAGCGGGAAGCAAGAAGCCCAAGACGUCAUAA